GGCGACUACGACGCCGCGGACGCGGCGUGGACGCGCGCGAUCGAAAUCGACCCGACCAACGCCGCCGCGUGGGGCAACCGCGGGACGUCGCGCCUUCAGGCUGGGCGGUGGGCGGACGCCAGGGACGACCUCGAGAAAGCCGUGGGCCUGUCCCCGGACGCGAACGCGCCGGACGCGCUGACGCUGAACAACUUGGGGAACGCGGAGGGCGCGUGCGGCCGAUGGGACGUCGCGGCGGCAUAUUUUUUGGAGGCGUCCAAGUCUCGCGACCUCCGCGACAUCGCGCUCGCGAACUUCGCGCUCGCGAAGUUCCAGGUCGGCGACGUCGACGCCGCGCUGCGCGCGACGCGGUCGCUGCUCAGGAGAGAUCCGGAGUUCUGGGACGCGCGCGCGGCGACCGCGGCGUUUCUGUGGGCGCGCGGCGACGAGGAGGACGCGGAGGCGGAGUGGACGAAGGCGCGUCCCGACGACACGCCAUGCGCGUUGUACGCGGACGUGCGGACGGUCGCGGGGCGUUGGCCGCCGCGGUGCACCGCCGCGCUGGACGCGUUCUUGAGGGUG